CGGGACCGAGUAGUGCCGAAGCGAGCCCGAAGAGGGUCGAAUCGGGCCGAAGCGAGCCCGAAGAGCCCCGAAGCAGGGCCGAAGAGGGUCGAAUCGGGCCGAAGCCAGGCCGAAGAGCUCCGAAUCGGGCCGAAGCAGGGCCGAAGAGCCCCGAAGCAGGGCCGAAGCGGGUGAGGGGCAGCCCGGUAGAGCAGCAUCCCCGGCAAGAUGAACGCGGUGCUGGCGGUCCGGCAGUACGUGUCCAAGAUGAUCGAGGACAGCGGCCCCGGCAUGAAGGUGCUGCUGAUGGACCGGGAGACGACCGGGGCCGUGAGCGUGGUGUACACCCAGUCCGAGAUCCUGCAGCGCGAGGUUUAUCUCUUCGAGCGCCUCGACUCGCCCAACAGGGAGCCCAUGAAGCACCUCAAGGCCAUCUGCUUCCUGAGGCCCACCAAGGAGAACGUGGAGCUCCUGGUGCAGGAGCUGCGAAGGCCCAAGUACAGCGUCUACUUCAUCUAUUUCAGCAACGUCAUCAGCAAGAGCGAUGUGAAGGCCUUGGCUGAGGCUGAUGAGCAGGAGGUCGUGGCUGAAGUCCAGGAGUUCUAUGGCGACUACAUUGCAGUGAACCCACACGUCUUCUCCCUGAACCUGCUGGGCUGCUGUCGGGGCCGCAGCUGGGACCCGGCUCAGCUCACCAGGACGACCCAGGGGCUCACUGCCCUGCUGCUGUCCCUGAAGAAGUGCCCCAUGAUCCGCUACCAGCUCUCCUCAGAGCCAGCAAAGCGCUUGGCCGAGUGCGUGAAGCAAGUGAUCACGAAGGAGUACGAGCUGUUUGAUUUCCGGCGCACCGAGGUCCCUCCCCUGCUCCUCAUCCUGGACCGCUCGGACGAUGCCAUCACCCCCCUGCUGAACCAGUGGACAUACCAGGCCAUGGUCCACGAGCUGCUGGGCAUCAACAACAACCGCAUCGACCUGUCGCGGGUGCCAGGGAUCAGCAAGGACCUGCGCGAGGUCGUGCUGUCAGCUGAGAACGAUGAGUUCUAUGCCAAUAACAUGUACCUGAACUUCGCUGAGAUUGGCACCAACAUCAAGAACCUGAUGGAGGAUUUCCAGAGGAGGAAGCCAAAGGAGCAGCAGAAGCUGGAGUCCAUAGCAGAUAUGAAGGCCUUUGUGGAGAACUACCCUCAGUUCAAGAAGAUGUCAGGCACAGUGUCCAAGCACGUGACAGUGGUGGGGGAGCUCUCCCGGCUCGUGGCCGAGCGGAACCUGCUGGAGGUGUCAGAGGUGGAGCAGGAGCUGGCCUGCCAGAGUGACCAUUCCAGUGCCCUCCAGAGCGUGCGGCGGCUGCUGCAGAGCCCGCGGGUUUCGGAGCUGGACGCGGCGCGGCUGGUGAUGCUCUACGCGCUGCGCUACGAGCGCCACGCCAGCAGCGGCCUCCCGGCGCUCCUGGAGGAGCUGCGCGGCCGCGGAGGCAGCGACAGGUACCGCAAGCUGGUGUCUGCCGUGGUGGAGUACGGAGGGAAGCGGGUCCGAGGCAGUGACCUGUUCAGCCCCAAGGAUGCCGUGGCCAUCACCAAGCAGUUCCUCAAAGGCCUGAAGGGCAUUGAGAAUGUGUACACCCAGCACCAGCCCCUGCUCCAGGAAACCCUGGACCAGCUCAUCAAGGGAAAGCUCAAGGACAGCCAGUACCCCUACCUGGGCCCCAACACACUCCGGGACAGGCCUCAGGACAUCAUUGUGUUCCUCAUUGGAGGGGCCACCUACGAGGAGGCUCUGGCUGUGUUCAACCUGAACCGCUCCAACCCCGGCGUCCGCAUCGUCCUGGGUGGGACCACCAUCCACAACACCAGGAGCAGCUUCCUGGAGGAGGUCACAGCCGCAGGAUUCCGCGGUCGAAGCGCUGACAGCUCCCAAGUCCCACCAAGGUCCAGCAGCCGACGGUGAAUCCUGAAGGAAUGAAAGGAAUUAAUACUUUUUUUUGCACAUUCAGAGCAGAGCAGAGCAGGAUGUUCCUGCCCUGCAGCUGGAGCUUCCCUUCCACACCCAGCAGGGCAGCGAAUGCUGGAGCUGGCACUAGCCCAACAGCAAGGAUGUGCCCCCUCUGCAGCUCCUCGUUGUCCCCUCACAAACAGCUCCAGGACUGGGAUGGAGAGCCUGGGAAAGCCCCUGAAUCCCUGCAGCUCCUGGCUCUUUGCAGGACACACUGGAUGAGUCCCAUGAGGAGCCCAGCAAUGCUGCUCCACGCAGGGGGAGCAGCUGUGGGGGUGUGGCUGGUGGGCACAGGAGCCCUUUGCUGUUGUCUGUAAAUGUUGAAUCCUAUUAAAUCCCCCACUUUGGCUGAA